AUGAAAUUGGCUGCACCGAAGACGCACCAGCACAAUCCAUUGGUUAGAAUUUACGCUCCAGCUCAUAAAGUUUGGCUUGGUUACUUACAUGUAUGUGCCAUUAAAGAGUACGAUGGAGUACUUGGCAUGAAUAUUGACUGCGAUGUUCGUCGUAAAACUACUGCUCUAGAUAUACUUCGUGAACAUUCCAUUGACCAGAUCAACAUACUAUUGCUUGGUGCUAUUGUAUUGACUCGGUACAGCAACAGAGCAUACCGAAUUGAUGAUAUUGAUUUUGAAAGAAAUGCAUUAUCUAAAUAUAACCAAAGAAACCAAACAUCGACCCUUUUCGAUUCAACCGCUGGUAAAUUUGCUCCUGAGAAGCUUGCAUUUGGAGGUGGAAAUGAAAUAAGUGCUGCUAACGAAGCAGAAUGGGGUUUGAACAUAGCCAUGCAAAUGGCUUGUAAACAAGGUGGUCACGAUCACAAUCACAUCACUUAUCACGAUCCUUCAGAUGAGGCUAGAUCGGUUUUCGGAGUUGUUCCAUCAAUGAACAGAAAUGCAACUCGAUGGUAUUCUCAUUGCUUUUUUCAGAACCAACGUGAAGAGAUUGUUAAUAAUCUCGGACUAGCCAUUACUGCUGCCCUCAAAAAGUACUAUGAAGUUAAUGGCAUAAUUCCAGGAAAGAUUUUCUUCUAUCGUGGUGGUGUCGGAGAUGAUGAUGUUCCUAUAGUUCGAGAAUAUGAGAUUCCUCAACUUGAAACGGCUCUUAUCAAUUAUGUUAAAAAUAAACCUGAACUCACUAAGCCUCAGCUUAGUUUUAUUGUGGUUCAAAAGCGAGUCAAAAUUACUCAUAUUAAUGGACGAAAUCUGCUUAAUCUUCCUCCUGGAUCUGUCAUUAACCAUACCGAUACUCGAAGACAAUUUUAUGACUUUUACCUAGUUUCACAGCACGUACACCACGGAGUUUCCACCACCACCAUCACUAGUUUAAUGUAA